AAGCUCAAAAAAUGUGCAAAAUACUAAGGUUAGAAUAGCCACAGAAAAGCUAAAUAAAAUUCUGACAGUAACACCAUAGAUAUUAUGACAUAUGACGGGUAUAUAGAGUUGCCUAUAUCACAAAAUUCUACUAACGUCUAGCCGGGCGGAGAACUUGGCUCCCGAAGCAAACCCGAAGUAAAAACAUCUGCAAUAAUCACGGACAUCCGUCUUUUCAUUUCGGCAAACAUUUCGGCAGUGCGUUUUGCAGUGUUUAGUCGGUAUGUCGGGACUUGGUUAUUAUCAUUUAUAACCGAUAACCGGCCUAUUCAAAGUAACCGGCAUAACCGGCGAUAUCCCUAACCCCAUUAUUUACUUAUUUGUUGUUUUGUGUUUAGUUUUUUACUACCAAUUAUAAUAUAAUUGGCAGUAAACCAUAUUGUGGUUUAAAAUAAAAAUGAAGCACCAAUGUGCCGAGUGUCUGGGCUUUUUUUCUAAAAUCUCUAAUUUAAGAAGACAUGCAAAAAAGUUUCACCCGAAAGAUGUUACAAGAUUGGUGCCUUUACAAUAUAGAAAAUGUGCCCCCAACUCGGAUAUCCAGUGUCGCAUUUGUGAUAAAACUUUUAUUCACAAAAAUAGUUUAAAUAGGCACCUUAGGAAAGUACAUGACCUCAAUCCAAGUCUUGAAACUGAAAAAGCUCGUGAAAAAGUAAAUAAAAAAUGUGCUUUAUGCGAACAUAAAGAUUUUAAUAAAAAAAAUCUAAUGAAACAUUAUGAAAGUGUGCAUGAUGUACCUAUGAAAUGGCAACAGUUGGAGUUUUCUACAAUGGAUGAGUUUAAUCAAUGGAAAUUGGAUAUGGAAAACAAAACCUUUUCAAAAUUUGUUAAAAAAGGCACAUCAUCUAAAAAGCAGACAUUUAAACAGUACAUAUGUCAUCGUACAGGGACAUAUAUUCCAGAAGGUAAAGGAUUACGUCACCUAAAGACCCAAGGCUCGAACAAAAUAAAUGCUUAUUGCCCAGCUAAUAUCCAAGUGUUUGAAAAAAAUGAUAACAAGUUAAGAAUCAAAUAUCUUGAAACACAUGUUGGCCAUAAGCUUGAUAUUGGUCACGUAAAUCUUACGGAAAUGGAAAGAAAAAAUAUAGCCUCUAAGAUCGCACUCAAAAUUCCAUUCAGUGCAAUAUUAGAUGAAAUCCGAGAUUCAAUUACUAAUGAUACUCUUAGAAGACUACACCUUACAACAAGAAAAGAUCUUUUCAAUAUAGAGGCGAGUUUUAAUUUGUGUUCGUCUUCAGUUCGUCACUCCAAUGAUGCAAUCAGCGUUGAAUCUUGGGUGAUCGAAAUGCAGCGUAUUGGAAAGCAUAUUUUAUUUUAUAAACCACAAGGAGUUGCUCUAGAAGACCAUCCACAAUUAAGAAUGGAGGACUUUGUACUCAUUAUUAUGACACCUGCACAGCUUGAAAUGUUAAAAAAAUAUGGUUCGGACUGUAUAUGCUUAGAUGGGACUCACGGGCUAAAUUCCUAUAACUUUGAGCUGCAUACACUACUGGUAAUAGAUGACAUAAGAGAGGGCUUUCCAUGUGCCUUCCUAUUCUCAAAUCGGGCCGAUACAAAUAUUAUUACAUUAUUUUUGAAAGAAAUAAAAAAGGAAGUAGGACUAAUAACACCAAAAUCUUUUAUGUCUGACCUUUCCGAAGUAUAUUUUAAUGCCUGGCUUGAAGUAAUGGGGAUACCAGAAAACAGAUUUUUCUGCACAUGGCAUCUUGACAAGGCAUGGCGAAAAAAUUUAUCAAAAAUCAAGAGCCAAGAAGACAGAAUUGUUAUAUACAAACAGUUGAGGACUUUAUUACAAGAAAGGGACCCUGUUGCCUUUGAAAGAAUGCUAAAUCAAUUUUGCACUACCACUGAUGAUGAAGUUCUGGAUUUUAAAAAAUACUUUAAAGACAACUAUCAAAAUAAUUCAAAAUACUGGGCGUAUUGUUAUAGGCUGCACUCAGGGAUAAAUACUAAUAUGCACCUUGAAAGAAUGCAUAAAACCAUCAAAUAUUAUUAUUUAGCUGGAAAGAAAGUUAAAAGAUUAGAUAAAGGUGUUACAGCCCUAAUGAGAUUUGUCAGGGAUAAACUUAUUGAUAGAUUAAUUACCCUUAACAAAGGGAAGAUAUCCAGUAAAUUAAAACUUAUUCGUAAUCGUCAUAAAAAUCAACAACUAGACCCAUCUUUAGUUGUCCGUACCGAGCAUGGAUGGGAAAUUCCCUCAGCUACAACAAAUGAAAUUUAUUUAAUUCAAGAGGGUAAUAGUUCCUGUAACUGUCAGCUCAGAUGCACUGCAUGCAAUAUCUGUCUUCAUACCUACUAUUGUACUUGUCAGGAUUCAUCAAUACAAUUUAAUAUUUGUAAGCAUAUACACCUGCUUGCUCAAUAUAGGAAGAUCAAUGAAACUACUCCUAGUGAUGUUUUAAAUGAAGUUCCUUCUGAAGUUGAAGAAUUAUGUAUUGAUUCGGGUGAAGGUGAAAAUGAUUCCUCUGUAAUUAUUAAACAACUUUCUAAAAAACAAAAAGCAACAAUAUCAGUUCAAGAUAGGCAGAAGAACCUACUACAACAAUAUCAUGACAUAAUAAAUAGCUGGAUUCACAUGAAAAGUUGGACGCACUACAAAAAAAUGUAA